AUGGGUCUCACGUUCUCGAAGCUGUUCGAUCGCCUCUGGGGCAAGAAGGAGAUGCGCAUUCUGAUGGUUGGCUUGGACGCUGCCGGAAAGACCACCAUCCUCUACAAGCUGAAGCUGGGUGAAAUCGUGACCACAAUCCCGACAAUCGGCUUCAACGUCGAGACCGUCGAGUACAAGAACAUCCAAUUCACCGUCUGGGACGUCGGUGGACAAGACAAGAUCCGACCGCUGUGGAGGCAUUACUUCCAGAACACCCAGGGCAUCAUCUUCGUCGUCGACAGCAACGAUCGCGACCGUGUCGUCGAGGCCCGCGAGGAGCUGCAGCGGAUGCUGAACGAGGACGAGCUGCGAGAUGCGUUGCUGCUCGUGUUCGCGAACAAGCAGGAUUUGCCGAAUGCGAUGAACGCGGCUGAGAUCACCGACAAGCUUGGCUUGCACAGUUUGAGGCAGCGGGCUUGGUACAUUCAAUCGACUUGCGCCACCUCCGGAGACGGUCUCUACGAAGGUCUCGAAUGGCUCAGCAACUCGCUGCGCAAAGCUGGCCAUAACUAG